AUGUCGGGUCGAGGAUUCUCCACUACGGCCCGAGAGCCGUUGAAUCUUAUAGGGAAAGUUUCCUUACAAGAUGUUAAACAGGUAAACGAGCCAAUAGGAGCGCAAUGGGCGGAGAAUGUCCAGAUUGUUGUGAGCUCAAUCGAGAGUCAGCGCACAGACGUGGCUUCCUACGAAAUUCAAGGUGCAAAGGCUCACAAGUCGAGCAAAGACCCCAACGAGACCCAGGACGUCAUCACGCUGGCAUUUUACAGUCAUAAAGGGACCAGGAUCGGAAGUGCCCAUGCCCGUGAGGACGGAACUUAUACUUUUCAGGCCAGUCGUGCAGGCCGCUAG